AUGAAUCCCCAAGCAAAACUGAUUUUCACCAUUAGCCUAGCCCUAGGAACAACUCUCACAAUUUCAAGCAACCAUUGAAUCAUAGCCUGAACCGGCCUUGAAAUCAACACACUAGCCAUCCUCCCUUUAAUCGCAAAAUCCCAUCACCCCCGAGCAAUCGAAGCAGCAACUAAAUACUUUUUAGUUCAAGCAGCCGCCUCAGCUCUAGUGCUAUUCUCAAGCAUAACUAACGCAUGACAUACCGGACAAUGAGACAUCACUCAACUAACCCACCCGACCUCCUCCGUAAUUUUGACUUCAGCUAUCGCAAUAAAAUUAGGAUUAGUCCCAUUCCAUUUCUGAUUUCCAGAAGUUCUCCAAGGGUCCUCACUGCUCACCGGUCUCCUCCUUUCAACAGCUAUAAAAUUUCCUCCACUAACACUCCUCUUCCUAACCUCCCACUCCCUAAAUCCCACCCUACUGACCCUCAUGGCCAUCAUAUCCACAGCACUGGGAGGGUGAAUAGGACUCAACCAAACACAAAUCCGUAAAAUCCUAGCCUUCUCCUCUAUCUCCCACCUAGGAUGAAUGGCCAUCAUCAUCGCCUUUAACCCAAAACUUACAAUACUCAACUUCUAUCUCUACAGCCUAAUGACUGCCACAGUAUUCCUUACCCUAAACACAAUAAAAGUUACAAAGUUACCAUCACUAAUAACCGCCUGAACAAAAACUCCUUCUCUCAAUGCUAUACUUCUUCUAGCACUCCUAUCCCUAGCCGGCCUCCCACCUUUAACAGGUUUCCUACCCAAAUGACUUAUCAUCCAAGAACUAACUAAACAAGAAAUAGCCCUAGCAGCAACAAUUAUCUCCCUUCUCUCCUUACUCAGCCUAUUCUUCUACCUACGUCUAGCGUACUGUGCAACAAUCACACUUCCUCCUCACACCACAAACCACAUCAAACUAUGACACACCAACAAACCAACUAGCAUCAUUACUGCCAUUCUGAUUACCCUUUCCAUCACCCUCCUACCACUCUCCCCCAUACUACCCACCAUCAUUUA